GCAGUUUUAUUGGCAUUAGCAUAUCAGAUUUAUGAGCUUAUCGGAUAGAAUUUCAGGGUUCGUUCUAAAACGUCAGCUUGCAGAGGCUGAGUCGCAUUUACAACCAAUUAACUCAUCACUUUCCACGUAACCUACCUCUAACCUAAGGUACCUUACCUACCUACCUAACUUCUAGGUAACCCUUUCUAAUACUAACGAGCAACGACGGCGACGGCAACGGCAACGGCAACAGCGACAGCGAUAGAAAAUUCGAUUGAUUUCCCAACGUGGCGGCGCAUUUACAAAGUUCACUCCGUAAUGAUCUGAAAUAACGAAACCCGCACGACGGUCGCAGCGGUGCCCCGCCGACUUUCACCAUGGACGCGCCGCCAGUCAAGCUCUCGGAGCUCCUCCGACUCCCAGAUGAUCUCGAUAGGAUCCCCACGCUGAAGCUGGAAUUCACGCGUAAGAAAGCUGCCGUAGACUCGCAGCUGAGGGGAGGCCUACGGGAUCAACUUGAGAUGACCCAAACUGGCAUGAACGGUAUUACCGACGGCCAGAAGACAUUACAAGCCAUUAGGGACGAGAUGAUGAAGAUCGAUAAGCUUUGCUCCGAAUCCCAGGACAUGAUUAAGGACUUCACAAGCAUAAAUUUGGUAUCGCAGGCGCACAGGAACUUCGGUGCUGUGGAAACCAUGGUCGAGAAUCUUCAGACAUUUAACGAUCGCCUUAAUAGGGUUGAGAGUAUGUUGGAUGAGGACGAGGUCGACAAGGAGAACAUGCCGAACCUUCUUUCCGUCCAUUACGAGUUAACCCAGCUACGAAAUAUCCGAGACGAUGCCAUGGAGCAGAUACAGCGAGCCAACGACCCCAGCCUAGAACGCACACUAGAAAGUUACUUCUCGAGAUUAGACGAUGCGAUUUACAGGUUCGAUGACCUCAUCGGUCUCAUCGCCUUGAAUAUGAUCAAUCUCUUGAUCGCCGACAACAAUAGUCUCGUGGUUCGUCUGGCAGUUAUCGUCGAGGCCGAGGAGAAGAGCGAUCAGAGAGUCGAGGCUCUUCAAGAAGCAUUAAAAGAUCACAAGGAAAUGGCCACGCGGUUCCAAAGUAUCACCGACGGUGCCAAGAAGGUCCGAGGAUACAAGGAGAAAUUCUUAAAGGCAAUCUCUGUCACCUGCGAAGGGCAAUUUGCCGAAGCUAGAGGGGAGUUCUUAGACGACCCCGCGAAGCUAGAGAAAGUGAUGAAGUGGUUCUUCAACGACCUCAACGCCGUCAAGCAAGGGAUGGUACCACUGAUGCCCAAGAAGUGGAAGAUCCUCAAGACCUACGGCGACAUAUAUCACCAGCUAAUGCACGACUUCCUCGUCGGCAUGAUAGACGACCCCGAAUCCAGCUCGGCGAACACGCUCGAGAUUAUCAACUGGCCCGAGAAGUACUAUAAGAAGAUGCGGAAGCUAGGCUUCGCGGAGAGCGACCUCAAACCCCACGUGAUCGACAACCGAGAACAAGAGCUAGUUAAGGACUUCCGCCAGCUUAUCAUCAAAUUCCUCGACGAAUGGAUCGAGCGCAUCUUCGCGCAGGAGAGGCGCGACUUUGCGGACCGAAAUGGGGACGGCUCGAACUUGGAUACGGAUGAGUAUGGCUAUUUCCGUACCAAGAAUCUGGUCGACAUGUGGCGCAUGUUGCGAGAGCAGGUCGACGCCGCCGCCACCUCGCAGAGAACAGAUGUCGUCGAGGGCGUUAUUGACGCCAUGUUCGUCCGGCUGCGGGGUCGCCAGCAGUCUUUCCAGAAGAUGCUCGAGGACGAAGCGGCGUUAUACGAGACAGAUAAGGUACCCGAGCUGGAGGGUUUCCAGGCAUUACAGGAUUGGCUCAUUGCUACUGCCAAUGACCAGAUGGCCUGCAUCGACGACAACGAGGAAGAGGGUCGCUUUGCUUACCUUACGAGCUUCAAGCAGAAGUUCGAACCUCUAGUUACGCCCCAGUACAUGGAGCGCGCCGAGAACGAGAUAAUCUCGCUUAGUGAAAGUUAUAUCGACUUAAGCACCUGGUGCCUUAAUAAGUUUGCUCAGCUCGUCAUAUCAGUCGACUUCAAGAGUGUGAUGCCGACGUUCUUCACGCCACGAUGGUACGAGACGACGGCGAUGAAACAGAUGGUCAUCACGAUAGAGGAAUACGUCGGCGACUAUCAACAAGUACUCCACCACUCGCUGGUGGACGUGUUCAUCCAGAUCCUGGCGGACGAGCUGCUGGUGCAGUACCUGAUGAGCGUGCGGAACAAGGGGGCCAAGUUCCGGCGGUCGGAGCCGUUCCAGGACAAGAUCUUCAACGACGUGUCGACGGCGUUCGAGUACUUCCGGAACAUCCCGAACCCGGACCUGAGCAACGACAUCACGCAGAGCUGGCGCGUGACGGAGAACUUUUUAGGCUUGUUGACCGCCCCCAAGGAGUCCGUCCCCGACGUCUUCCAGGACUUCAAGACCAAGUACUGGGACCUCCAGAUCACCUGGGUCGAGGCCGUGCUCAGGUCCCGCGACGACUUCGAGAGGAGCAUGCUCAACGCCGUCAAGGCGCGCGCCGCGCAAAUGGAUGUCGUUAGGGGCGCCGAGACGAUCAUGGGUAAGGUUAAGUAACUCGAGUAAGUAAGUUGAGUACCUUGUGGAGAAAGAGGUUACCUAUAUGGAUGGUGGAGGGAUGGAUGAGAGACGGUGAUACCUGGGUUUUAAAAGGAAGGACGCGUAUGCGUACCUAACCUAUGUAUGUGCGAGUCUUGUAAUGAUAAAUAAAAUACGAUGUUAUUUUAUAAUCUAAGUGGACUGUGAGUUGAAUUAAUCAUUUAAUGAACUAAAGGCUACGUUUAAGCAUUUCUCACUUUG